ACGCACAGUCACGCACGGACACGCACACAGAGCGCAAGGGAUGCGUGCGAUCUAACGGACGGCGGCUCAUUACAACAGAGAAUCAGCAUCAUGACCAGGUCUGUGCGGGAGGAGCAGGGGUCAGUGGAGUCGGAGGACCAGCAGGAGCUCUGCAGCCCUGCAGCAGGAGAACCAGAGAGGGGUGGGGGAGGAGGAGGAGGAGAGGAGGAGGAGGAUCACCUCCACCAUCUGGAAGAGGAAGACGAUGAAGAUGAUGAGGAGGAAGAGGAGGAAGAGGAGGAAGAUGGCGAGAACAAGCCCAAGAGACGAGGGCCAAAGAAGAAGAAGAUGACGAAGGCUCGGAUGCAGAGGUUUAAGAUCCGUCGGAUGAAAGCCAACGCCAGGGAAAGGAAUCGCAUGCAUGGACUGAAUGAUGCUCUGGAGAGUCUGAGGAAAGUUGUCCCCUGCUACUCCAAAACCCAGAAACUGUCCAAGAUCGAGACGCUUCGCCUCGCCAAGAACUACAUCUGGGCUCUAAGUGAGAUCCUGCGCUCUGGCAAGGCACCUGACCUCAUGAGCUUUGUGCAGGCGCUUUGCAAAGGUCUGUCUCAGCCAACCACUAACCUGGUGGCAGGCUGCCUGCAGCUGAACCCUCGGACUUUCCUGCCGGAGCAGACGCCUGACCUGCCGACCCAUCUUCCCCCUCCUGCCGCCUAUCCUGGACACUUCUCCUACCAGAGCCCCGGGCUGACGGCCGGCCUGCCCAGCCCACCCUACGGCACCAUGGAGCCCUCCCAUAUCUUCCACCAGGUCAAAGGUCAGCCCUACGGCCCUCUGGAGCCCUUCUUCGAUGGCGUGUUGGUGUCGGACGGCCCGGCGUUUGACCCGCCCCUCAGCCCACCGCUCAGCAUCAAUGGAAACUUCUCCUCAUCCUUCAAACACGAGACCGUCGCAGCUGCAGAUUAUGACAAGAGUUUCUCCUUCAGCGUGCACUAUGGGGGAGGAGGAGCUGCAGGACACACUGCCAUCUACGGUGGUGGGGGGUCCAACCCACGGUGUGGUGAGCUGCAGGUGGACGGGCUGAUGGGCUUUGAUGGACACUCGCACCAUGAGCGGCUGAUGAACGCCCAGCUGAAUGCCAUCUUCCACGACUCCUGA